GGCGGAUGACAACAGCCAGUGUGAAUGAAGCGCCACCCUCCGGGUCAGCCGAGCAUUUCCGCUUCCCACAGCCCCCUGGGAACGUGAAGUCAAAGCAAUGCGCACGCGCAGUGGCUUUGAAGGCGGGGCAACAAAGCCUAUGGCUGAUAUGGCGCUCCUCGGCCCGCGCUUCAAAGGUUAUGACACUGUUAGCUCUAAGGGGAGAAGGAAUGUGUGACCAUUUCCAACGGUUAACUUGCAUUCCCCAGGUAGUUUGGAUGAGUUACAACCCAAAUCUGCAAACUCAAUACAGCCAGACCCUGGGAAGUGACCCUCUCCAAGCCUCCUGUACAAGUCCCAGGAAAAGAGCUUGUUUUCCCUUGGACAUGUGAGCAGUGAAUUACUGCUCAUUCAGAAUUUCAUGUGUAUGUGUUACUGAUGGCCAGGUUUAGAGAUACCAACCUAUUUAUUUCUAGAGGAGAGGUGAUUUGAUAACCUUUUCAGAUAUCACUAUCAGUAGACAGAAAAGAGUUAAUAGAAUGAUAGGGUUAAUAUGUCCUGAGGACAGUAGAGAAACUGCAAACUGCAGAAGCACCUGAUCUGUGGCCCUGGCCAGCAUCUCUCCAUAUCCUGAUUCUGUAAGAUCAAGUGUUUAUGCAGAAAGAGAAGGGACUGAUGAUUUGAAUGUGACCAGAUGCAGGGCAUGCCCUUAUUGCCAUGCCAGCAUUUGCUAUUCAUGAUGUUAGUAUUCAAAAAUCAAGAAACACUCUGCCUGGGCCAUUGGUGUCUACUAAUCCAUUGGAAGAAAAGACUGGAAUCCACCACUUACUAGCUUCUUGGGCCUCAGUCCCCUUUUUUCUACCAUAGCUAAGGACCACCUAACCUAGAUGGCUGUUGUUAUUGUUCAAAGGAACAUCUUUAGAGCCUCAAGCCCAGGAGUAGCCCAUGGCAGGCACCUGAUAAAUGUUAGUUUUCAUUGUCCUAUCCCAACACUAUGAAACAUGCAGCACUCUCUGCAGCUGCCCCUGUGGACUUCCAUAGGCAGGAGAGUAUCCAGUGUUGAGUGGAGCUGGUAUUCUCAAAAACGAAGCCCCUUUCCCCAUUUUGCACCAAUCUCUUCAGUCAUUUUUACCCUAGUAGUAUAAUGCUUUGUCAAAGUCACUGUCAUCUGAUGUUAACAGUUGUUUUUGCCAGAUGACUUUUCAAAAGGUAACUUCACCAUAAUACUGGUUAAUGUGACAAAAACACUGCAUGUAGCCAAUUUUUUUUUUUUUUUGAGAUGGAGUUAUUGGCUCUUGUUGCCCAGGCUAGAGUGCAGUGGCGCGAUCUUGGCUCACUGCAACCUCCACCUCGUGGGUUCAAGUAAUUCUCCUGCCUCAGCCUCCCAAGUGGCUGGGAUUACAGGCACACGCCACCAUGCCCAGCUAAUUUUUUUGUAUUUUUAGUAGAGAUGGGGUUUCACUAUAUGUUGGCCAGGCUGGUCUCAAACUCCUGACCUCAGGUGAUCCGCCUGCCUCAGCCUUCCAAAGUGCUGGGGUUACAGGUGUGAGCCACUGCGCCCAGGCAAUUAUUUUCUUAUUUAUUUAUUUAUUUUAGAGACAGGAUGCCAUUAUGUUGCCUAGUUUGGAAUGCAGUGUCUAUUUAGAGGCGUGAUCAUGGCAUACUAUAGCCUCGGCUCAAAGGACCCUGGUCUCAAAGGACCCUGCCACCUUAGCCUCCUGAGUAGCUGGGACAAGUGUGCGCCACCACACCUGGCUAAUUUUUAAAAUUUUUUGUAGAGAUAGGGUCUCACUGUUGCCCACGCUGGUCUGGAAUUCCUGGACUCAAGGCCUCUUCCUGCCCUCAGCCUUCCAAAGUGUUAGGAUUACAGGGUGAGUCACCAUGCCCAGCCAGUGUGAAUUUUCUAAUGCUGAGUAAGUUGUGAUCCAGAAGUAAAUGUAUCUGCAAGCUGAUUUAAAUUGUAGAUUUUCUCUUCAUUGUGUAUUUUCUGAUGUUGAAUAAAGUCUGAGUAUUAACUAAAGUUUUUCUUCUUAAAUAUGUAAGAAUUGUCCUCAAAAUCUCUAUUCUUGAGCACAGUAGUAAAAAUAUUUUUACAUACAUUGUAUUUCAAGGGUUCUGCAUAAGCAACCUUGUUUUAUUGUGACUAAAUUUAUUUGGGAAUUGUAUCAAAUAUAUAAUACUGAGAUGUUCUCAUUCCUUUUGUGAAAAUGCUUUUGUUUAAAAACCACUGCCUUCAAAUGAAAACCACUAGGUUUGUUAUGCUUGCCUCA